CGAACUAUGGAAAAGAAGGAAAGUCAUUUCAGUUUCCAGACUCAAUGAAACUUGGUGUUAAAGAAAGGAAAUGUUGAGUAAUUGUUAAGUCGUAGUAUAGUGGAACCUCAUUUGUAGAUGGGGAACACAGAGAGAUAGGAUGGAUUUGUGACUCUUUGCAAUAGUUUUUGAGGGGAACAAGGUUGGCGUAGUGUAAUGGGCCAAUAGUUCAACGCCCAUCCAAUUUUCCAGUUACGCGGAACUGUUUGGCGUGUUGUAUGUAGCCUAAUUUUUGCCUUACAUGUUUUUGGUCUUGUUAAUCAAUGUGAAAUAGCCAACGUUACCUGAACGAACACCAGCUGCCUCCCUGAAAUGUUCAUACAAGAGGUCACAAAAUCUAAUUUGAGAAUGGCGAGAAUUCCUCGUAGAUGGAUGCUGCUAUAUGUAGUUUUGCAUGCGUCCAUAUCAUUUUGUUCGAGUUCAUCACCUCAAGAGGAUGGAAAGACGGAGACUCCAGGCGUGCUGCGAACUGUCCGAGAAGUUCUAUCGGACCUUUCCGUGGAUGCGCGCGGUUACCUGGUGUCCUUUGUCGGGGAACAGGCUGUGGAUACGUCUCUUCAGGGUAUUAGAAGCGCUGUCAAGUCGCUGUCAGAGGGUACAGCCAGCUGUCUGAAUAUUGUCUUUCAAUACAUCACAGAGCUGUUGAGCGCCACAGGAAUCAAAGUCCAACUACCCUUCAACAAAGUCACUCCAGAUGGAGUGCUCCUAGUCACUCAGUGGGCUCUUCUGGCGGUGAUUGGCUACUGGAUACUGUCCUUGCUCUUCCGAUUGGUAGCUGGACUAGUGAGGCGGGUCCUCUGGCUCCUGAAACUGGCUGGAGCCUUGGUGCUGUUUGGGCUGAUCCUGAGUGAUACGGAUGCCAGUAUGGAGACCACAGCAUUGAGGCUGGGAGGACUGGUGAUUGCCUGUGUGCUCCUGGGUGUGGGGCCCCGUAGUGGAGCGCAGGAUCACACAGGCCACCUGGAGGAGCAGGUGAGACGCCUGGAGAAGCGACUCCGAGAGAUGGAAAGCAGGAGAAAAAAGGAGUGAGUGUUGGAGUGAGAGUGGAGAGUGUUUGGAAAACUAAGAGGAUUGUGUGGUAAGAUGUUUUGAACUGUUGUCCAGUGCCAUUGCACAUUAAGCUGCUCUCUACACACUGCUCUAUGUCAAGAACAGUCGGGACCAUUUUUUAUAUAAUUUCUAAUAAAAUAUUUUCACAAUUCGUA